ACUAAUAAGCAGAAGUGGGGAAAUGCAACUUGCUGAGCUGCCCUGGGCCAGGGAGCUAAUCCCAGCCAUCGAAAGGUGGCCAGAGGUUAUAUGUCCAAGUAACAUUAUGCAACAACCUGGAUGAACAGUGAAUGCAGGCAAAAUGCAGAAAUGUGAACACCUUUGUGAUAUGUUACUCCAAAACUGAGAAAAGCAAUAACUAAGGCUCAAUUUGAUAUCCUCCCCUCUACUUCUGUUGGAUUGAAGAUCUCAGAAUGUUCCCUAUGUGAAUCGAACUUGCCGAUGCAGAAUCUGGUCUGGAAGUAGAAUCAGUAGGCUGUGUACUUCUGCAUUGCCCCUCCUAUAGGGAUUUAUGUUUUGAAUUAAUUCCACCUAUUUGAAAUAACAAACUCCUGGAAAAAUCUAGCUUGCUGGACAGUUUCACAGAGAAGCUGCAAGCCGAGACUUUGGAUGACUGGAGGCGACUUCCACUCAGACCCACCCAGGAAGCUGCAGACCCUGUGAUGGGUGCAGUCUUGGACUCCGCCACACCGCUGGUGAGCCUGAAGAGAAGUCACGAGGGGCACAUGGUGCAGCUGCAGACCAUCAAUGGGGAGCUGGCCUACCGGAUGAUUGAGCAGAGCGCUCUUCUCAAGGCGAGAGAGGCUACGUUGGAGGAGCAGAGGGGCAGGUUGGCCUCGCUGAGGGGAGACCUCUCUGUGGCGAAGGCCGAGUGGGGUCAGCUGAAGAAACAGGCGGAGGAGCUCAGCCACAAGAACGCCACCUUGAAGGAGGCUUACGAGACCCUGGGCAAGCAGCAUCUGCAGAAAGAGGGGGAGUUCCGCCAGGCCGAAGAAAAAAACCGGCUGCUGGUCACGAGGCUGGUCCGGAGGAAAGCCGAGGCUGCGGAGGACAGGAACCGGAAGAAUGACAGAAUUAAUAAAGACAAGCUGUUGACGACACUGGAGCUUGCAACCAAGAGGAUGAUCGAAGUAGAGCCAGAACCAGAAGAAGCGAAGGUGGAUGUGAAAGAGAUGCCCAGCCGAGAUGUCCCUGAACUGGAGAACGGUGCGCGGCUGUGCAAAAGGCCCUUUCGAUCCGCCUCUGCUACCUCCAUGUCCCUCACCAGAUAUAUGGAUGUUUUCAAGGGUUUCUUUGAUUUCAGGAUGAAACGUGGCAACUCGUUUAGCACCGCGUCAGAGCACCAGUACUGCUACAUCCCCACUUGUGUGGCUGCUUGCCUUCCUUCCACAGUGAGUGACGAGCAGGAAGCCCAUCUCUCUGAAGUCAACGCCAUCAAGUUCAGCCCAAACUCAGGCAUGCUGGCCACAGGUGGGACAGACAGGCUGAUCAGGCUCUGGAAUGUGGUUGGAGGCCGCCUGGAGAACAUGCAGACGUUGGAAGGCGCCAACGGCGGCAUCACUAGCAUUGAGUUUGACCCAUCGGGAUGCCACGUUUUGGCUGCUACCUACAACAACGCUGCUCAGCUGUGGAAGAUUGGAGACUGCAAAUCCAAGGAGAUCCUCACGGGACACACGGACAAAGUGACGGCUGCCAAGUUCAGGUCCACUCGGCACCAGGCUGUGACGGGCAGCCGGGACAGGACAAUAAAGGAAUGGGACUUGGGCAAAGGGGCAUGUUCCAGAACCAUCAACGUCUUAUCCUACUGCAACGACGUUGUGUGUUGUGACACCAUCAUUGUCAGUGGACACCAUGACAAGACAAUCCGUUUCUGGGAUAGCAGAGGGCCCCACUGCACACAGGUGAUCCCCGUUGAAGGCACGGUGACGUCCCUGAACAUCAGUCCCGAUCAGAUGCAUCUCCUGAGCUGCUCUCGGGACAACGCACUCAAGGUUAUUGACCUCCGAAUGCACAAUAUCCGGCAGGUGUUCAGGGCCGAUGGAUUCCUGUGUGGCUCUGAUUGGACCAAGGCCGUGUUCAGCCCUGAUAAGAGCUAUGCCUUGGCUGGUUCUGCAGACGGCACCCUCUACCUCUGGAACAUGGAGACAGGCAAGCUGGAGACCAGCUUGCCCGGAGUGCAUCGGUCCUCUGUGAAUGCUGUGGAUUGGGGCCCCUCCGGCAUGUACAUUGGGAGCGUGGACCGUUGCAGGAAGGUGGUCCUGUGGAGAUAGCGCUUGGCCAGCGGCCAGGCAAAGGACCAUACGAUACGACGAAUAUUUAUCUGCCGCUUUUCAACAAAAGUCCUCAAAGCAGUUUACCGAGAUAGAAAUAAGUGAAAUGGGCCCCUGUCCCCAAAGGGCUCACAAUCGAAACAAGAAACACAAGCCGUCUCACCAAGACCAUGGCUCAAGCCCUCCUGCGCUCCUUGCUCAGAGGGGACACAGCUCUGCAAGACCACCAGUUUGUGCCUUUGCCUCCUGCUCCCAGGACUCGGGAGGACAGGGCUCAGGAAUGUGGCCUGCUGCUGGAGGCAGGGAACAGCAUCUUCCUUGCACACAGUGGAUUUUCUUCUUCUAACGGCUGGGCACUUUCCAGGCUAGCCACUCAACAGCAGCAAAAUGCUUCCAUUCAGGCUAAUUGCACUGGAAACGUAAACAGCCGGGGGAGCCGUCUCGCGGAAACUAUCAACCCCCAAAAGACAGCAACUUUCUUACGCCAGAUACAUGACGUCAUACCACUAUAUCGCAGAGAUUGAAUUUGAAACAAGGCAUUGGAAAUGUGAAUGGAACCUGCUGUCUGCGUACGGACUGCAAUGUCGCAACACAGGAGGUAUGGAAGCACGCCUCCGAGAUGCGACAUGACCCCGUUGCAGGGUCUCAUCUGGAAAGUACCCUGGUGGUGCUGGGAAAGAUCAGGGCUUCCUGAUGCAGGCACUUUCUGGACUGGCAUGUGGGGAUUUGGGUACCAGGGUAGAAGCCCUGGGCGGCAGAAGAGCAUUCUCUGCGUUGACCUUCAAGGAAUCUCUCAGCAGCUUAGAUGGACUGCUGCCAAUAGCUCCGAUUGCUCUACAAAAGAAUUAGACCAAUUCAAGGUUGAUAGGCGUAUUAAUGGCUUAAUAGAACCUCCAUCUACAGAAGCAGUAUAUCUCUGGACACUAGACAAGUAGGCAGAGUCCUUCACAAAGUCCACAGCGUGGACUGAAUAGGGAUUUGGUCUGAUUAGGGAUGCUGUAUUUGCUUACUGCACUGAUUAGGGGGUGGACUAGAAGACCUCCAAGGUUCCUUCCAGCUCAAAAAUGCUAUGAUCCACCAAAGAAGUUGUUCUGCUCAGCCAGUUGAUUGCCUGAGAGCCAUUUCUAAACUUCCUGCACAGGUCAGCCCCAAUCUUGUAUGAUUGGCAAUUCUCCACAUAGAAACUGCAGAGAACAAUUUGUUGUGGGGUGGCUAACAAAUAAAGUUUACUAUUAUUGAUA